AUGGACAGCUUCUCACCUGCAUCGCUCUACUCCCUCUGCUCCGCCAUAAAGCAACAUGCAGUCUCCAGCACCACGGAAGUCCAGAGUUUACUUCAGUCAAUCCGUCAAAGCAAUGAGCAAACACAGCAAAUCGCCUCCCUGUCAGCAUCAUUCAAUGCAACCAGUGUCCAAUUAUCCCACCUGGAGCAAGCACUUCAAGGUGCAGCAGUCAUCUCCGUCCGAAUGCAGGGCGUUCUUACCGAGAGUCUGAGUUCAUGCAAUUCGGUUGCUGCUAGACUACAUAAGCAAUUUAUGCGAUUGCACAUCGAGAAUACAAAUCAAGUCAAUGCCGGUUUCGUAGGCGUUUACCUUGCGGCAAUGACGACCUACCAACAGCUGUUUCAGUGUCUUUCUGAGACACUGUCAAUCAAUCAAAUGGACGGUCAAGAUUCUCAACUAAACAGUUUUAGAGCCCAGGAAUUGAUUCAGCAAGCAGCAUCUACAUCUCAGGCGACAUCACAAACCAACAGCAUCUUACUUGACGACAGCACUCCACAGACCAACGAUCCAACACUCAAAAACCUUCCACAUCGUCCCAAGAAUCAGGGCCUGCCACAAGACGAACCACCUCCAUAUGCGCCAACCGACCCUUCUUCUUCAAAUUCCCAAUAUUUUCCAACGCCGCCGCAGUCCGAGGCUGGACCAUCUACUGCACCCCAACCCCAAUCCAGCGGCUUCUCCUUCGGCAAGACAUUGAAGGCGUUUGCGCAAUCGUUCAUGCCCAAGCCCGACCCGUUCGUCAAUGCCUUGUGCCAAGCUGUAACGAACGGCGACAUCCAGCAAAUAACAGGACUGCUCUCCCAGGGUAUCAAUAUCGACGGCAGAGGUGAAGAAGGAAACACCCCGUUGCAGUGUGCCAUCAUCGCAAACCAAGAAGAAGCGGCCGAUGUUUUGCUAUCGGCUGGCGCAAACUACACCUCAUCUGGCGGCUGGGGCCCCAGCAUGCCGCCCAUGUUCCAAGCCGCUGCCGCUGGCCGUAUCGGCAUCGCCAAACUGAUCAUGAAUAAAGGCGUCAAAGCAACGGAGGAGAGCAUGGUUGGCCAACCGUACUUCGUCGACGUCGUCGGCAGCAACAAUCUCGAUGGUGUGCGAUUCCUCCUUGACUAUGGCGCGAAGCCCAACUCAGCCAAUAUUUCGGGACGACCAGUUAUCAUCCAAGCGGUCAAGCAAGGCAACGUCGAGCUUGUUAACCUCCUCAUCAACUUUGGUGCCAAAGUCAAUGCCUCUGACAUUACAGGCAGUGGUAUCCUCGCAGUAGCCUCAGAGAAAGAUGACCUGAGAAUGGUCCAGACUCUCCUUGACCAUGGGGCCAAACCCGACGGCACAACGGUGUACGGCGUAACCGUUCUUGUUGACGCCAUCACCCGCCGACGGCUUGAUCUAGCAAGACUCCUCCUCGACAACGGUGCCAAGGGCAAAAAGGACGACGUUUCCGGUCAACCAAUCAUUCUCUUCGUCAUCAAGGACUCCAAAAUCAAACCAGAAGACAAAGUCGACCUCGUCCGACGACUACUCGAGAAUGGUGCAAACCCCAACGCCAAAGAUUCGACUUGGGACACACCUGCACUUUGCUUCGCGCUUGAUUCUGGAAUCCCUGAACUGGUUGAGCUGUUGCUCGAGCAUGGGGCAAAGACCAAAGCAAAGACGAGCUCUGGGGAACCAGUGUUAAUAUAUGCGGUUGACAAAGGCAAAAUGGCAGAAGCGAGAAUGCUGUUGGAGCACGGCGCAGAUGCGAAUGGCGCAAACAAGCAAGGAAAGACGCCAUUAAUGCAGGCUGUCAUCAAACAGGAUUUGGAACUCAUCAAGUUGUUGAUGGAGCAUGGAGCUGAUGUUAAUGCCGUGGGGAGCGUGAGCAUAGCCAGUUUCGCAGGAGCAUUGCGACGAGCAGAUAUCUUGGAUCUGUUGGGUCUUGGGGGAGCGAGUGGCGAGGCCGCACCUCCAGAGUAUCAAGCAUCAACCAAAUCAUGA